AACACAUCACACAUCAGUUAGUAGUUUCACUUUUCCUCCACUGUGGUUUGUAAAGAGUGACGCUCUCUGAACGACGCCGUGAAUCAUUAGUAAGAUGGCAGAGCCGGGCCGGACUGUGAGGGUGAGCGGUCUGCCCACAGACAUUGAGGACGACAAGCUGAAAGACAAGCUACUCAUCCACUUCCUGAGAGCCAGGAAUGGAGGAGGGGAGAUAAACUCUGUCACAAUUGUCAAGGCAACGCCCGUCUCUGCCCUCGUCACCUUCGAGGACAGCGGAGUGGCACAGAGAGUUAUUCAACACAGUCGGCACCUUCUGGAGGUGGACGGGAAGAAGUAUAAAGUCGUUGUAACUGAGCACCGUGAAAGCCUGGACCCAGACAAGGUCAUCUUAAGUUUAUCAGCAAUUGUGGACCACAGCCAGCUUCCCGGGGGAAUAAUGGCACUGACGAGCCUUCGUACGAGCCACCCUGAUGUCCAGAUAAACUACGAUGCUAGUGUGGAAUUGUGCACAUUGCGUGGCGCCUACUCCAAAGUCCAGGCUGCUUUGGCACAACUGUUUGGCCAACCACAAUCAGCAGAAAACAAAGACUCAGAUCAACCUGCCACCAGUGGCUCCAUGUCCGCUCAGAUAGCACAGAAGUCUCAGGAGUCAGAGGAUCAGAGCAGGAAGCCUAAUAAGCACAGAGAGCAACGAGAGAAAGUUCACAUCGACAGGCCUUCUGAUGAGCACAACUCCAGCUCGCAUAGAGACCUGACACCUGGUGGUUACGGCUGGGAAGAUACUGGCCAGACGGACGGUGCAGCUCUGCAGCGUCCUACUACGCCUGAGGAGGACUUCUCAGUAGUCGUGGAUGCAGACAUGUUCCAGUAUCUGCAGAAACACUGCCAGAAGGAAUACCAGCAUAUCAUCAGUCAGUAUGGCGUCGAUGUGGUGGAUUUGACAAAUCAGGGGUUGACUAUUCUGUUUUUGCAGGUUGCUUCGGGAACGGGGGAGGGUGGUCGAGAUCAGGAGCGCCUGAAGUUGGCAAGAAAGGCGAUAGGUAGUUUUUACCAGGAGAACGAGACCAAGAUCCGUCGAGACCAGUUCCCUAAGAGUAUCCUGUCCCUCAGGGGGGGGCAGCACAGGGUGAUGGAGAGCUUGAGGGUCAGAUUUCCCAAGCUUAUUCUGAAUGAAGAUGAGCAAAAUAUUUACAUUAUUGGGAACAGAAGUGAGGUGUCUGAAGCCAAGCAGUUUCUUCUCCUGGACCCCAGCGACGUGAGGGGUAAGAAAGAAGAUGUAGCCAGUCUUCUUAGAUAUCCUUCAUAUGAUUCAGGUUCACCACCUCGUGCUGAUGAGCAGAGACUCCCCCUCACUUUGACCUCCACUGUGGAUUCUCCAGAUGACAGGAUAGAUGAGCUGCUGAGGUCCGAGGAGGAUGAAAAGAGAGCUGAUGGAGCCAGAAAGUAUAAGCUAGCUGCUCGGUUUAAGGAUUCAGGGCUGGCUGCGUUAGGCAGUCGACCAACGGACUUCAACUUACGAGGGCUCUCAUCUCCCAGCAGACAAACACGCAUCGGGCCGAUGUUGGGGCAUGACGUACUGUCAGAAACAGCAGGGAUUGCUGGUGAAAGUCUCUCCAGAGCCCAAAACACCGGAGGGGACAUCUUGUUUAAGAGUGGAGAUGCUUCCAUGCAGAAUAAAACCUCCUCGAGCUCCCAUUUAGUUGAUACUCGACCCAAGAGUUUAACAUCCCCUCUUAGCACAGCUCAGUCCAGUUUUUCAGGAAGUGCUCCGCUCCCACCUGUUGGGUCUGGAUCCACCUUGAAGCGAGCCAGUAGUUUCUCAGGAACGCCUCGGCAGAAGGCACAAGUUACGAGUCAGAAGAGUCAAGACGACUCCGGCACAGUCCGAGCCAGGGGCAAGUCCUCCAGCUUCAGCAACCAAACAGGGAGGGACAAGCAGGAGGUCUAUAGAGCAGAGAUUACAGUUUCCAGUGUGAUGUGGAAGCACAUAAAAGAAGCCUAUAGGCUCCGAGUGGACGACCUGACUUCUGAUGUCCAGAUGAAAGAGAGCCGCUCAGAGGAUAGCAGUGAUCUGACAGUCAUCUUAAGAGGGGCGAACUCAACCAAAGUGAGUUCAUGUGGGCUAGCUUUACGGAACCUGGUUGACUCGGUUGGCGUUGACUUCUCUGUGAAGAAGCUGCGCCUGUCAGAGAUGGGUAUCACCGACACAGCAGAUGAAACCUUACAGGCUUGUUGUGCUGAAGUGCGAAGCCGCUUCAAGAAGGUCUCCAUGCAGAUUAUAAACAAGCAUUUGUAUCUCUUCGGUCCAAAAGCGUUAUGUUCUCAGGUUCGUGCUUCACUGCAGGAGGUGUUUUGUGGAGAAUCGGCCCAAACACCUGAUCAAGAGGACCUCUCUGGCCCCUCUACCUCCAAUUGGAAUCCAUCCACAUCUUUACAAAUGAAUGAGCACCAAAGUACAAGUCUGCACUUUUACAAUAAUCCUCAAGUGAUGCUAGAGAGCCAAACAAGCAAAGCCGAUGGCGCUGAUAGUCAGGAAAGGAGAACAAACCAGAGAAGUGACUUCCGUGAGACAGAGCUUGUGAAUGGAUCCAGUAGUCCGUCAGUGAGGAAAGAUCCUGUCAUUAAAGAGAAAGUGAAAAUAGUAAGUACAGUGGAGAUGGAUGGACAGAAGACGGAGACAUUUGUCGGCCACUCUAAAACAGGACAUGAUAGCGCGAGACAUGUGAAUGAUAUUGGGUCAACAGACAUGACCCUUCAUAAGAAAGAGAGAACUGUACAUUCAACCCAAAACCAAACAGAGAUCCAGGACACCCCAGAGGAAUCCAGAUCAGCUCUGGGAAGCUUAGUAUGUGUGUGUGGGGAGAGUGAGAUGAUGCAAGCAAAGUGUGGGGUCACCAUGUGCUCAAAGUGCCUGGACACUGUACACGUCCACUGCAGAGUUUGUCACGAGACGGACACGACGACGUGGGGCAUCCAGGGCAAAAUGAGCUCCUCUAAACUACCCAUCAGCGUCCCGGGUUACACAAAAUUCUCAGGGAUCAAGAUCACUUACUGCAUCCCGGAUGGCAUCCAAGGGGAGGAUCACCCCUCUCCAGGAGAACCAUUUCAAGGCGGGCAGUUUGAAGCCUAUCUUCCCGACAACGAGAAGUCGAGGAAGCUGGUGCCCAGGCUGGAGAAAGCAUUCAAGCAGGGACUCACCUUCACAGUGACCGGCAAAGACACAGAGGCCAAGGUCAUCUGGGACUGCAUCCCACACAAGACCACCCUUCAAGGAGGCAAAUCAGGGAACGGGUACCCAGACUCCGCUUACUUGGUUCGCUUGUCUGAGGUCUUGACCUCCAAGGGGAUCGAGGAGUCACCGGCCAAACAUAAAGAAUAAAAGCAAUCUGAGGAGGACUUCUAAAGCAGUUUUAUAAUUUAAGAAAAUGUUGUGGUUAGGGCCAUUUGCACUAUAUUUGUAUGGGGAUUAGUACCAGCUUUUAUCGCUAUGUUUGAGUAAGUUCAUGUUGUAUAUAUAAAGAAUGAAUUCCUUUUCAGAUAAUAGAGUUAUAGCUUUCAUUGCAGCUAUU